AUGAAGACGAGCUUGUUGCUUUUGUUGGCUUUCUUUUUCUUUGCCCUGGUCUGUGGUCAGGACUGUGCCACAGAAGGCUGCGAGCAGGGCUGCUGCGGCACAGGCGGCUACUGCGGGUUUGGCCCUGACUACUGCAGUGAUGGCAACUGCGUCAGCUCGUGCAAUGCGACGGCCGAGUGUGGACCAUAUGCCUCUCCUGCUGGGAAGGAGUGCCCGCUGAAUGUUUGUUGUAGCGGAUGUAGGUCGCGCCUACCUUGCUCAGACCGCGAAUGGACAUUUACUGACGGUAUUCAAUACUGCGGAACAACCUCGGAGUUCUGCAACGAUGACUGCCAGAGUGGCUGCGAUACCGUGCAGGUCCCCUCGUGCUCCUCAUCGUCAGGCUCCGCAGACAAAAUGACGAUCGGAUACUACGAAUCCUGGGCAUAUGAGCGUAAAUGCGACCCUCUCGGCCCAGAGGAGAUUGAGGCGAGUAUGUGGACGCAUCUGAACUACGCUUUCGCCCUUGUCGACCCAAACAGUUACACCAUCGGCCAAAUGAACGUCUAUGACUCCGUCCUAUAUCCCAAGUUUACUGCUCUCAAAAUGCAAAACACGAAACUGAAGACAUACAUCGCCGUAGGAGGGUGGGAUGCCGGCGGCGAGGUGUUUUCCGACAUGGUGGCUACCGCCGAACGUCGACUGGCGUUCAUCAGCUCUGCCCUGGUAUUCUGCAAGACAUACGCCUUUGAUGGGAUUGAUAUGGAUUGGGAAUACCCUGCAGCCACCGACCGCGGAAGUCGUGAAGAAGACUUCCAGAACUUCGUGACUUUCAUGCAAGAGCUAUCGGAUGCAUUCUUUGAUGCCGGUCUCGGUGUUACUGCGACAUUACCAAGUUCAUAUUGGUACAUGAAGGGGUUCGAUAUCGUGUCGCUGGAGCCGUACGUCGACUGGUUCAACAUGAUGACCUACGACAUACAUGGAACGUGGGAUGGGAACAACCCCUACACCUCCAAAGUCGUCAACCCUCAUACAAAUCUGACUGAAAUCGACGAGUCAUUGAACCUCCUCUGGAGAAAUGGGAUCAGUCCACAAAAGGUAGUGUUGGGGCUCGGAUUCUACGGUCGCUCGUUUACGCUCAAGGACAAGUCCUGCACCAAGCCUGGUUGUGCCUUCUCAGGCGGCGCCGACCCCGGGGAGUGCACAGAUACUGCGGGCAUACUGUCGAAUCUUGAGAUCCAGCGCAUCAUUGCAGCCAAGGAUCUUGAGCCCGUCAUGGAUGAGAAGGCGGCUGUCAAGUAUAUGACGUGGGAUGAGGACCAGUGGGUUAGUUAUGAUGACUAUGACACAUUCAAGCUCAAGAAGCAGUACGCCAAUAGCAAAUGCCUUGCUGGGACAAUGGUCUGGGCAAUCGACAUGGACUCGCGAAACUCCACCUCAGCAAGCCAGCUCGUCGGCUCUGGGGCAGGGUCUGUCACAUCGAGUCUCGUAGCAGGCUUCUUCAGCGCCAAGAAGUUGCAGACUGAUAAUGAGCAGCAGUCGGCGGUUGCACAUGCUUUUUGGACGCCUUGCUUGACGGACAAAGACCGGCACUGCCCGCACGGGUUUCAGGCAACGGGGAUAGUCGGGCAUGGUAAGGUGUUUGAUUUUGAUCUAAGCAAGGAGGUGGAAGGGUGUCAUGGGUCGAAGAAUCGGGUGCUAUGCGUCAGGAAUGGGGUUCUGCUGAAGAAUUGCCAUUGGUAUCGGAACUCGAAGGGAGGCAAGAUAUGUGACCAGUCCUGUCCGGAGGGCACGUACCUUCUUACGCAGACUACACAUAUCGCUGGUGACAAAUCGGGGUGUGCCCAUGGGUCGUAUGUUCCAAUGUGCUGUGAAGGGUUCGAGACUGGGGGUGAUGUCUGUCAAGCCACAGCCCUCGACAUGCUUCUCUCUGGCGGGUUAUCCAACAACAACGCCAAUGCCAAAAGGUUUGUUACGGGCUCAACAGGUAGCUCUCGUGCCCUCGCAAAACGUGCCAGGGGGGAUCUCGCCAGAACCAGGGGGCAGAAAAGGAGGGCGAAACGGCAGAACAGCAGUGGAGGCCUGUACCCAUGCAAUGGAGACUACUAUGACUAUCCCGACCCGCCGCGCGAUUUCGGCUACACCCCGGUCUACGCGUAUUACCUCUUCGACCCAGAUGCCCCCGGGGCAAACGUCGGCAAAGAGAUCGCCGCACAGCCCGUCUACGUGGUCACCAUGACCGUCCGCCCGGCCGUAACGAUUGAGGACUACAAGCCUAUCCAGAAGAUCUGCGACGGCGCCAAGUAUCCGCAGCCCUGCGCGCACUACCGGUCUGUCGCCAGUCGCAACCCCUACCUGGCAUAUCCACUCUGUGUGAACCGGGCCAUGCAUUACGAUGAGUACGAGUACUACCGCGCAGCCGCACCGCGCCGCUGGAACGAGCAGCAUGACCCAGCUUGGUAUCAGUAUACUGAGAAGCGGUAUCCGGUGCCCUAUCGGGGGGGUACUAUUGGGGACUUGACCUGUGAUCGAGACGAGUGGCCGCCAUACGCUGUCUGGAGAGGCCGUACCCCAUACUGGAUUCGAUUCCUUCCAUCCGGCCAGAAUCGAGCUGUUCCCAACGCUCGAGAGUCCAAGUGGAAUUUUGAAUUAAUUUGCGACUGGCCCCUGCGCUCCAGCUACAGCCAGACGCUGUUGGGCUCUUACUUUGACGGGCUCGUCAUGACAUACACCGUCCAGGACGUAUCAACGAUUACAACCAAUGCCCUUGUCAUGGAUUAUAUCAAUCUUCCAGUCGGUGGAACAGACAAGGACCUCCUGUCUACGAAUCCGUGUAUCCCAAGCACACUCUCACCGGCUGUAGAGCCGGGGUUUGCCCUUUACAUAAACGAUGCCUACUACACGAUCGACCACCGGAACCUUCAACCGUACUCAUACGGAAACACCCCGGACUACGCCGUGACAUCGGGAAAGACGUAUCCCGUUCGCCGGUGGUUCGAGCAGGGCGGCCACGGGCAUCAACACGGGCACGGACACAGCCACAGCCACAGCUACGACCCCAACAAUCUCAUUUUCGACGACGCGCACGGCGUCGUUCUCGUCGAGGACAGCGACACAAACACGACGCGUCUCGCUACAGACGAGGAAAUCGCCGCGGAUCCGUCCAUGCGUCGCUGCGCGGAUGAGUCCUGUAGCGAGGAGAUCGCCGAGAUAGAGAAUAUGUACAGGGAGAUGAAGCGUGAGAGGGACGAGGCGGUCUCCGCUAUCCUCGCCGGGCGGCCGAUUGAGUCGAAGUCGAGCUCUGGAAAUGAGGACGAAGGGGCAGGUGCAGGUGCAGUGGUCGCAGUGGUGACGGACUCGGAGAGUGAAAGGGCACUGGAACUGGGGCCGUUAAUGACGCCGGAGCCUGUGGCAGGUGCUGCGCCGCCGAUGGUGAGUGUUGUUGCUAGACCGACCGCGGGAUAA